CAUAUGUCGUUGCUUUGAGUGGCCGCUAGGUAAACUUUCGCUCUUGCAGCUGAUCACCUGAUAAACGCAAAAGAUGGCUGGCCGGUUAAUGCAAGCAGCACGAUGCCCGACAGAUGAACUGUCUCUCACCAACUGUGCGGUUGCAAGUGAGAAAGACUUCAAAUCUGGACAGCAUUUGACUAUUAAAAUCACGCCAACUCAGAAGUUUAUUUUCACAGUGAGAACCCACCCAAGCGUGGUUCCUGGAACUAUUGCAUUCAGUUUACCUCAGAGGAAAUGGGCUGGACUUUCUCUAAACCAGGAUGUGGAAGUCAGUAUCUACAACUUUGACCCAUCAAGACAGUAUGUCGGAACCAUGACACUAGAGAUUGACUUCCUGCAGAAGAAGAGUGUUGACAGCAACCCUUACGACUCUGAUAAAAUGGCCAUUGAAUUUAUCCAGUUUUUCAACGCACAGGCUUUUAGCAUGGGCCAGCAGUUUGUCUUCAGCUUCUGUGAUAAGCUCUUUGGACUGGUAAUAAAAGAUAUAGAGGCCAUGGAUCCCAGCAUCCUCAGGGGUGAGCACAACUCCAGCAAAAAACAGAAGAUUGAGAUUGGUCUGUUGCACGGCAACAGUCAGGUGAUUUUUGAAAAAGCUGAGAGCUCAUCUGUAAAUUUGAUUGGAAAAGCAAAGACCAAAAGUUCUCGCCAGUCCAUUAUCAACCCCGACUGGAACUUUGAACGCAUGGGCAUCGGAGGCCUGGACAAGGAGUUCUCGGACAUCUUCCGCCGGGCCUUCGCCUCUCGAGUCUUUCCUCCAGAUAUAGUGGAGCAAAUGGGCUGUAAACAUGUGAAGGGGAUCUUGUUGUUUGGGCCGCCCGGCUGUGGUAAAACCCUGAUGGCACGUCAGAUUGGUAAAAUGCUGAAUGCCAGAGAACCCAAGGUGGUCAACGGGCCUGAGGUUCUCAACAAAUAUGUGGGCGAAUCAGAGGCCAACAUCAGAAAGCUGUUUGCUGAUGCAGAAGAUGAGCAGAAGCGGUUGGGGGCCAACAGCGGUCUGCACAUCAUCAUAUUUGAUGAGAUUGAUGCCAUCUGUAAGCAACGUGGCAGCAUGGCAGGCAGCACGGGGGUCCAUGACACUGUGGUCAACCAGCUACUGUCCAAGAUUGAUGGUGUAGAGCAGCUCAACAACAUCCUGGUUAUUGGGAUGACCAACAGGCCUGACUUGAUUGAUGAAGCCCUCUUGAGGCCUGGUAGAAUGGAGGUCAAAAUGGAGAUUGGCCUGCCUGACGAAGUGGGCCGCCUUCAGAUUCUGAGUAUACACACAGCAAAGAUGAGGCAGUCUAAUAUGCUGGCCAAAGAUGUUGACAUAAAGGAGCUUGCUGUCGAAACCAAGAACUACAGUGGAGCAGAGCUGGAGGGGCUUGUUCGGGCCGCCCAGUCGACUGCCAUGAACCGCCACAUCAAGGCCAGUGCACAGGUAGAAGUGGACACAGAAAAAGCUCAGACUCUGCAGGUCAGCAGGAGUGACUUCUUGGCCUCUCUGAAUAAUGACAUUAAGCCUGCCUUUGGUACCAAUCAAGAGGAUUACUGCAGUUACAUCAUGAACGGCAUUGUCAAAUGGAGCAAUUUUGUGUCUGACAUACUGGGAGAUGGAGAACUUCUGGUGCAACAGACCAAGAACAGUGAACGCACACCACUAGUAACUGUGCUUUUGGAGGGGCCUCCUCACAGUGGGAAGACUGCACUGGCGGCCAAGAUCGCAGAAGACUCCCAGUUCCCCUUCAUCAAGAUCUGCUCUCCAGACAAAAUGAUCGGCUUUGCAGAGAACGCCAAGUGUCAGGCCAUCAAGAAGAUUUUUGAGGAUGCCUACAAGUCCCAGCUUAGCUGUGUGGUGGUGGACGAUAUAGAGCGUCUGCUGGAUUUUGUUCCGAUUGGUCCACGUUUUUCUAACCUGGUGCUGCAGGCUCUGCUGGUGUUAUUGAAGAAACCUCCUCCUCGGGGUCGUAAGUUGCUGAUUCUCGGCACAACUAGCAGGAAAGAUGUUCUGCAGGAGAUGGGCAUGUUGGACUCUUUCAGCACUACAGUUCACAUCCCCAACAUCUCUAGAGGAGAACACCUCAUGGAGGCCCUGGAGCUUCUCGGGGGCUUUCAGGACAAAGAACGAGCAACUCUCGCAAAAGAGGUGAAAGGAAAAACUGUGUGGCUGGGCAUUAAGAAGCUUCAGAUGCUCAUUGAGAUGUCACUGCAGAUGCCUCCUGAAUACAGAGUUAACAAGUUCUUGGCACUACUGAGAGAAGAAGGAGCGUUUGGGUCUGAAAAACAUGUGGCCAUAUAGUCUGGCAGUCCAGGAAAGUAGCCUGACAAACCAAGGCUAUUAUGAUGAAGUUGUAAAGGUGUCAGGAAAACAAUAUGUGCACUUGAGUGACAGAGAGAGCCAGACUACAACAUAUAUCUCUAUCCCUCACUUUCUGAACCGUAUAGUGUACUGCAUGUUGUUUCCAUGGCAUCUACAUGAAACUGCCUUUACCCUGUUCAACACCAGCAUCUUGACACCUCAGUUUUGUAUAGUGCCUCAUUUUUGUGAUUUUUGGACACGUGUAUAAAAUAGUACAUGCAUGUGUGUGAAGACCUAUAAGGUGUUUAUAUAUAUAUAUAUAUAUAUAUAUAUAUAUAUAUAUAUAUAUAUAUAUAUAUAUAUAUAUAUAUAUAUAUAUAUAUAUAUAUAUAAUGUGUCAUAUUUAUAUGUAUGUAGUGAGAUUAACUAUUCCAAUCAAUGAUGCCUUACUCCUUAAAUCUUUCACAUUGUCAUUAAUGCCAUCUUUUGUAUGUUUCAGUACAGACUUAAGCAAUUCUGAUUCUUUUUCUGACCAAAGCUUCCAUGUCAUGUUUGGCUUUUGUUUUGUGUUUUAAUGAAAGGGAACUGUCUGCCCUUCUUAGGUCUUUCAGAAGUUUCCAUGUCAGCAACAUGGGAAAGGUUGUAGUCUAAGAGAUGAACAGCCCCUCAUCUUAGCCUAAAGUGAGAGGGACUCAUUAUUUUUUUCAGAGUCUAACAAAUGGGGCAAGCUUUGAAAUCAAAGUGGCAUAAAGAAUUGUGCACAUAAAGUAAACCCCCUGACCUACCUCACCACUGCCAACAGUGCCAGGACAGUUCACAUUGGCUUUUAAUUCUCCUCUUCUUUAUCUCUUGCUUACAUAUACUGUGUGUAGCCCCCUCUUUUUCUCUUUUUAUGACCCUGUUAUGACUAUUACCAUUAAUGUGAAAUUAAUAGUAACCGAAGUGGAGUUUAGAUGCAGAUGUGUACAUUACUGAACUUGGAAAGCGUCACACACACACAGUACUUGUAACAUUUAUUUUCUUUGUAAAAACAUUUGAAGUAUAGCAUGCAAUAUUUGCUGUGCUUCAUGGCAUGGCUGUUUGGAAUAAAUUAAUUCAAUAAUUUUUCUCAUGAGAAAUAUGAAUUAUGUAUUAAACUGAUUAAAAAUAGAUUUUAAGAUGGCAAUAAAAGACUCAACUGUUAUUUGUAAUUAUGUACAUACAAAGAAUCUGUAGCUGUGCUUUGAGACUUAAAAAGUUCCCAGGUAGAGAAGUUCCCAUUUUUUUCUCCUUGCUUAAAGCAGAUUAGCAUUUAAACUACUUGCCUCCAUUUCCACGACACUGUCCCUGUUUCCGAAAUAGUGUACUGUCAGAGUAUGUACUUUAUUUGAUGAAAGACGCACUUCUCGGUCAGAAAAAUAGGAAAUUUUUUGGGUAUGCUAGCAAGUAGUAUGAAUAGAUUCCGGACAUAAUUUGGCAUUGUCUGAAACCAACGGUAGCCGUCUUGUUGCCUUGCAACAAAAAAGUGGUUGUGAAACCUGUCCAAAACUAGUUUCUGGAGAUACCUUCAUACGCAAACGCUGUCUGUUGAGUCAUUUACUGAUAGGGCAGCAAGGCAACAAGACAGCUACCUUUGGUUUUCGGAAGCAGCCAAUAUUUAAAAACUACAAUACUAAUUUAUCUUUUGAAUCAAAAGUGGGGAAAAAAUACAUUUAUACACAAAUUUGCUUGAGCCACCAUUUUUUUUUUCUUCGACUCAAUGCCAUGGAUCUAUGCACAGGAUUGUGGGAUUUCAUAGGUAGGGAAGGAUACAUCUAUGCUGUCUUCAACAAUUGACCAAAUGAAGGUAUCUCAUUAGACAGGUAAUGUCUCAUUCACUAUAUCAGUAUUACUGAAUUAUAAUGACCUGCAAAAAAGUAAUAAAGACAAAGAAAGCGCGAAGAAAACCGGCAUGUUGUUUCCAUGUUUGUUUUCCAAUCAGGCGGUUAUACCUUUUAAAUCCGCAUGUAAGUUUAAACUUUUGUUUGUCGGGUGAUUGACAGAUGA